UUUUUUUCAGUGUUGAACUAUAAAUAGUUCCAAGAAACUUUAGUCAAGCGAGUCCAUCAAGUCUGUUUGGAGACCUUCGUGUUCUUCUAUUGCAAGAACCAAUUUAUCAUUUAGCAGUCAUGUACCAACCAGUAUUUGAUUCGUCAGUCAAAUGAUCAUCAACGCGUCUUCAACAUGAAAGGCCUUCACUGUCGCCUUCACCAUUAUUUUACUCGGCAUGCCGUCACCCUUACGGUCACCACCACCGUCGCCGUCAGCGUCGCCGUUACUGUCACCGACACCGUUACUGUCACCGUCGCCGUUACUGUCACCGUCGAUGUUACUGUCGCCGUUACUGUCACCGUCGCCGUUACGGUCACCGUCGCCGGUAGUCAACGUCGCCGUUACCGUCACCGACCCCGUCACGGUUGCAGUUACACCGUCACCGGCGCCGUCAUCAUUAUCGUCACCGUUUUCAUCACUUCCUUCGCGUCUCCGGGCUACGCUACAGCCCUGCUACUACUUACUAUUACUGCUGACUGCCCACUUAGCCACUUCCUCUAG